AUUAUAUAUGAAAUCAAUUGAUGCAAAUUAAAAUAUCAUUCAUGUUAAAACAAAGCAUAAAAGAAUGCAAAAGAUUUAAAGGAAGAGGAAGCAAGUUUAGCUUUAGUUUCAAAGAUGCAUGAUGUGUGAAACCAAAGAAUACGAACCAGCAGUCCCCCCUCACCCUUUGCUCUGACAAACAGUACUGCUUAGUCUGACUGAUGACUUACUUUGUCUUUUGUCGGUUCGAGCUUUUACUGUCAGCUUUACGCUCAAACUCUGGACUAAAACAACAAUGGACUUGAGAGAUGUUGGUCGUCUGUUUGUGGGUCUCAUCUUUUACAUUUCAGGUGUUAAUGGAGGAGAAACCAGGAUCUGUGCUCUCAAAGGUUCAUCAGUGGAUCUGCACUGCUCACAUCAACAUCUGACUUAUAGCAGAAAAUGGUUCACUAUAGGCUGGGAUGGUUACAAGUAUGUUCAGAGUGAGCUCUCUGUGGAUGGACAACGUGUAACGUACAACAUGUCUGAAGAGAAAAACACAACUUUAACCAUCAAUGAUCUAAGACAGAGUGAUGCAAACACUUACUGCUGUAUGAAGACUACAGACAGUCCACAACUCUGUUGGCUCAACAGAAUUACUCUUCAAGUUGUUGCAGAGCUGCAGGUAAAGGUGAUUCCUGCCACAGAGGGACAGACAGUAACACUGAUGUGCAGCAGCAGCUGUACUCUGACUGAAAAGCCUGCAGCCUACAUCUGGUACAAGAACAGAGAGUUUCUCUAUGAGGACUGGUCUCCCUGGUACCAAGAGCUGCUCAGCAGUGAGGAAGCAGUCACAUACUCCUGUGCUGUCAAAGGCUACGAGGAUCACAGAGCCCCUGAAGUCUCUGUGGAUUCCAUCACACAGACCUGCUUCAGUGUGACUUAUGCUUUUGGAAACAUUUGUUCUUAUAAACAGACAUCAGUGAAUGAACCGUGCUCCAUCAUUUACCCCAGAGAGGUUCAUGUUCAAAGAGUUUCUUCCACCUCGGAGUUUGUAACACUGACCUGUAACACCAGCUGUAACCUGACUGAUGAUCAAAUUGUCUUCAUGUGGUAUCACAACAAAAAAAACUAUUAUGAGAAUCAACAUUAUUCAACUCAAAAAUCUUCAAGAGACACAUUCUCUUGUACAGUUAAAGGUCACAAACAUCUUCAAUCUAAGGAAGUUUGUGUUCAGGAUAAAAACUGCUGGAGAGUGAAUUAUGUCAGCAGGAGAAUCUGUGCUCUGGAAGGAUCUUCAGUGAACAUCACAAGUGAAUACUCACAUCCUGAUAACAGGAAGCCAAAGUUUAAAUGUUGGAGUAAAAAAUGGAGAAAAGAUAAAGUGGAAGUUGAAGAGCUGAUUGAGGCUGCAGGUCGUGUGGAGUAUCAGGACAACAUGAAGAACCAACACAUCCUGACCAUCAACAACCUGAAGAAGAAUGACUCAGGAGGAUACACAUUCAGAUUCCAGAAAGAUCAUGAAGGAUGGACACAGUCUGAUCUGCCUGGAGUCUUUUUGAUUGUCACAGAGCUGAGAGUGAAGAUGAGUCCUUCUGCAGUGGUGACAGAGGGUCAGAGAGUCACACUGACCUGCAGUACCAGCUGUCCUCUGACUGACAACACAAACUACAUUUGGUACUUGAACAGUCGACCUCUGACCCCGAGAGAGAACCAGAACAAACAUCUGAUCCUAGACCCAGUCAGCAGGGAGGAUGCAGGAAGCUACUCCUGUGCUGUGAAAACCAACAAAGAUAUCAGCUCUGCUCCAAAGACUCUCACUGUCCAAAGUAUCACAGGAAGGACACGAGUUUCUGUAAUAAUUUUGAUUUUAACGCUUCUCUUUUUCUUCUUUUUGAUUAGAAAAAAGUGGACUAUGAGUCAGUCUUCCACAAAUGACACAUCAAACUACAUAGUGAAGCUAAAUCCUGAUCCUGCAUGUGAAGACGUCUUAGCUCAGCCACAGGUGGAGGAUGAAGUCCUCUACAGCAAAGUCCACUUCUUCAAAAACCACACAGAUCCUCUUUUUUCCACCAUAGAGCCACUUCAGCCCAGAGACGAGCAGCAUGCUGAUUACGCUGCUGUGAAGUUUAGACAUAAAACAAGCUCUGAUGGAGAAUCUGUUGUCAUUUCAGCAGAAACAGACGACAGUUAAAGACCUGCAGAAGUACACUGUGUUUCGCGGAGGGGUUGGAGCCUAUCCAAGCUGUCAGAUGUAAGAAACAAUUUGAUUGACCAAAUGGAUAAUAUGGAAAAGCCCCACACUCAAGAUUGGUAGCAGCCAGGCCCGGCUGUUGUUGCAGAACAAGAAAAGAUUGGACUGGAAACUUUUUUAUGUCUUUGUUAGAGCUGUUUUAUUGUUGUUAUGUCAUUUUUAUUUCAUUGAAUGUAUCCUCAUUUUAUAGUUUGUUCUUAUCUUAUUGUGGCACUGUCACUAGAAAAUUUUGCCACUUUGCCCUAUGCCACUGGUAUAUAUACAGUAAGGUCUAUAAAUAUUUGGACAGGGACAAAGUUUUUAUAAGCUGGGCUCUGCGCAUUACCACAAUGAACUUUUCAGCUUUAAUUCGGUGGGUUGAAAACCACUGUGGAUGUCUUCACAGACAGUGUGAAAAACAUAUGUAUGUAAAACACAGCGGAGGCAGUGUGAUGGCUUGGACAUACAUGGCUGCCAGUAGCACUGGGACACUAGUGUUUAUUGAUAAUGUGACACAGGACAGAAGCAGCUGAAUGAAUUCUGAGAUGUUCAGAGACAUACUGUCUGCUCAAGUCCAGAAAAACUGCAGUCAAAUUGAUUUGGCGGCGUUUCAUAAUACAGAUGGACAAUGACCCAAAACAUACAGCCAAAGAAACCCAGGAGUUUAUUAAAGCAAAGAAGUGGAAUAUUCUUCAAUGGCCAAGUCAGUAAACUAAUUUUAAACCAAAUGAACAUCCAUUUCACUUGUUGAAGACUAAACUUCAGACGGAAAGGCCUGCAAACAAACACCAACUGAAAGCCACUGCAGUAAAGAUCUAGCAUUAAAAAGGAGGAAACCCAACAUCCUGUGAUAUCCAUGAGUUCAAGAUUUCAGGCUGUCAUUGCCAGCAAAGAGUUUUUAACCAAAUAUUAGAAAUGAAAAUUUUAUUUUCAGUUAUUUAAUUUCUGCAAAAUAUCAUUUAAAUCAUUGAAUGUUUGAUCCACUGGAAGAGGUCCGCUAUGUUUUACAGAUGAUGUGAUAUACUUUGGAUCAUGAGCUGUUCCACGCCUUCUCCAUAUGUUUUUCUUGCCAUCAUUCUGUUAGAGGUUGACUUGAUCUUGGUUUCAUCUGUCCAAAGACUGUUUUUCCAGUACUGUGCUGUUUUUU